GUUGUUAUUACUACUACACUAGAAUUAUAGGGCAUUUUGCCGAGUGCACUCUCUUGCAGGUCGUCAUCUACUAGAACAAAUGAAAAUGUGAACGUGAGAAUGUGAAAGGUUACGAAUUACAAGUGAAUUCUCGUCAACGAGGUCUCGAAGAUGUAAGGAAUGAUCAUCAGCAUGCAGGAUGGUAAUGAUGAGCUUUGACUCCAGGACUCUACUGUCGUUGCAAAUAGUAGUUGUUCGUUCGCGCGUUCGCGUUGCCGAAGAUGCGGCUUCUCAACUGCAACUGGUAAGCAAGUUGUACUUGUACCUUGAGCGAUUCUGAGUGAUGUGUGACACCUGCUUCUAGUUGUAUCUCUCUAAAUCAUCAAUCAUGCAUAUGAAUAUGUGCGUUGUAUGGACCUUUCCACUGGAGUAGCUAGCUGCGACUGUGGAGGCGAGAGGAAGGAUAGCUUCUGAGGAACAAGAGGGACUUGGCACAGUCCUCUACAACAACUGUUCACUGACUUCUAAGGUAAAACCUCUAACUAAACCCAAAGCCAAAGUCCUCUCAAGAAACAGCACAAGCACAAAACCAAAACAAGAUCAUGUCCCCCCUCGUUCGUCGCACUCUUAUUCUCCUUUCCGGAGCUCUCUGUGCGUCUGCCCGACUUUUGGCCGUCCAGGAGCCUCCAGCUUGUGCGAAUAUUUCGUGCUCGCCGUUGCAAUGUCCAGCUGGAUUUGAAGAAAAGCAAGAGCCGGGAACCUGCUGUCCAGUCUGCUUCAAUCCGAAUAUCAAGCUGGAGUCGGUACUUGUUUAGUUUAUACGUGGUACUUUUCCUUUCCAAGUUAUUAGGUUUGCGUACUUGUUUAGUUUAUACGUUUAAGUAGUAAGUUUGGUUUUUAUUCUUGCGAGGGUAGUGCUAGUGGUGAAAAUGGUUUAGAUGAUCUUGUUGUUAACCAGCUGGUGUUGACGAAGGACCACGAUGAUGUAUCUCUUGUUGUUAAUACCAGUGACAGAUUGUAGUUCACCUUCUACAAUUCGCUUCUACAGACGACGACUUUUUUGCCAUGCAAUCAAAUGAAUCCGACAUCGACAUGAAUAUAUUUCUCGUUUCUCUCGUCUUCGAUGCAAUGUAUAUGAUCAACGUGAUGGAAUUCCUUGCUGCCCUCGCAAUACAUAUUGAAACUUCAUCCUCCCCACCACAAACUACCUCAACAGCAACCCGCUGGAGCCACUGGUGAGCAUGGUGGUGCCGAGAGUACCUUCUGCAAGAGCACCUGGUGCUUCCCGACCUUGUGCCCGAGCGAGGACAAGAUCACGGCUCCAACCACCGAGAACGGUCAGUGCUGUCCGGUCUGCGACGUGUAAGCACUAGGGCAGGAGUCUUCAGACAUGGUCGAGGUCGUGAUGUGGUGGAGAGAGGUGUGCCACGAGAGGAGCACUAGGGCAUGAGUCUUGUUUCCGUGAAAAAGCUAAUUUUCUACCCAGGAAAGUGAAAGUUGUGUUGUGGAUCCUAAGAAGGAACGGAUAUCUAGAUCGAAAUUGAUACGAGCACUACUCUACUUUUCGAUCCAAUUUCAAAUCAUUUGGUGGUGGUUUCCAAUGUGUAUUUUUUUUCCGUCAAUGAAUAUGAGGCUGAAUUUCCAUUUUCAGCAUUUAUUAGAAGAUACGUCAGGUCGUAUGUAUCAUGUCGUUCCUGAAUAUGAUAGAAAUUAUUCGUGAUUUUAAAGUUUCAUCGACUUUUCAAGUUUAUCCCGUGUCCCAUUUGUUCAACUUUUUUUUCCAGUUUUACAGAAGAGGAAAGUGCCAAGGUCUUCGUCACCAUAAUUGUUCAACUACUCCGUGAAAGAUAUGAAAUGUGGUCUCGUUUUGUCAGGCAAUCCGCAAACUCGAAUCAAGUUGUACCUCUGACAAGAUAUAAGUUCGAAUCCAUCUUCUUUGCUAGAAGAGUGCGUUGUCGAUGUGCCAAGCACCUUCGGUCUUGCAUUAUGCCGCUCACCUUGCGGCAAUCAACAUACCUCUGUAGGUGGACGGAAGCGUCGUUCAGCCCAUUGACCAUGUUGAGCGUUCCUCGACAGUGCAAAAAGAAUUUUGAAAGAUGGAAGUCCUAAGUUGAAGUAGGCUACUUCUAAAC